AUGAGCCGGCGCCUGGUGUGGCUGUGCCUGCUGCUGCUGGCCGCCGUCAUGAUGGGCCCCAGCGUGCACGGGCGGCGCGGGCGCGCCAAGACGCGGAGCCGCAGCAGGAUGCAGAUCGGGCUGCCCGUGACCGGCAAGUACCGCGACCCCGAGAGCGACCAGUACUACAACCACAACGGGGGCGCCAAGAUCAUCCAGGCCUCGCACUUCGACUAUGAAUACACGCUGGGGCACAAGAUCUCGUUCGUGUGCGUGGCCAAGGGGACGCCGCGGCCGCAGAUCACCUGGUUCAAGGAUGGCGUCGAGCUGUACGCGCACCUCUACCAGACGGUUCACGAGUACAUCCUGGACAAGGAGCAGAUCAAGUCCAAGCUCGAGAUCGACCCCGCCACUCAGAUGGAUGCAGGCGUUUACGAAUGCACGGCAGACAACAUGUAUGCCAUUGACAGGCGCAGUUUCAAGACAGAUUUCUCUAUUAUCUUUGACUGAGUUGUCUGCCCGGAAGAGCAGAAAUGACGAAGAGAGUAUUAAUCAUAAGGUUUUGUGGGAGGGACGAGAAGCUAUAAUGUUUGUAAGCCCCUUUUGGAUGUGAACUUAAUUGAAAUAAAAUUUAACAAAGAUUCA